GCAAAGAUUUCUGGGAGUGUGAGAUGGUUUCCAUUUUCAGUGACCAGUUUUACGCGGCGCAUAACAUCACCGCGAAGAAAUAAUUAUUGAAAAAUCAGUGUUUGUCCGGAAAAAAGCGCUUCGUCCUCGCUCGCCACAAAUUGAACGUAAAAAUGACGAAACGAAAAUUAUUCCAGACGAAUGGAACAUAAUUCGAUGGGAGCAGGUGUUGGGUUAACCACGGUGAAAUUAAAACGUACAUUAUUUCAGGCAAUAUCGAUGUUUUAAAAGAUUGUAAUGGUAAUUCUCGCUAGUUGUUGUUAUAGCCAUUCACAAUAUACAGAGACGAAAUGCAGAGACAGAGACCGUUGGGGCUAGAAGAGGGCUCGAAGCGUGAGCCGUUAUGCAGUCACGAUGGCAGGAAAGCCUGAGCUGUCGGCCACCCCUGGUGUCCAGAAUGUGGUAGUCUAUGUGUCGAACGACAACUUCGCCCAAGCCUACGCCGUUGGGCAGAAUGUGGCCCCGAACGGCCCGGGGGCGGCGUACGCGCACACCCCCCAUUCCAUGGCCGCCGUGGUGGGCCCCUCAAAGGGCUACGCGGACAAGGCGCUGCUCAAGCCCCCCGAGUACGCGGGCAACGGGCAAAUAGUCAACGAGCCCCUGCACCAGCAAGGGGGCUACUUCAUAUCGCAGAACGGCUUCUCGCAGCCCUUUGGCUACGUCAACCAGGUGAAGGGCUUCGGCGGGGGCAACGGCGAGGUGCUGUCUGGGGAGAGACAAGCUGGCCCGGGCAGGCCAGACAAGGAGUGUGACGGGCAUGACGCUUUCGUUGAGUCGAGCUAUGUGACAGUCUUGGGGGCCGAGGGGCCCCCGCAAAGUGUGCGUUGUGAUUCAGUGCGGUCGGAAACUGCAGAGUCGAGCUGCAGCAGUUUAAGUUCGGCUGAUGAAGGGAUGGUGGUAGUACAGAACCAGCCUUCUGAGAUGGUGGUGUAUGAUUCAAGUGUGAGUGUUCGGCCUGGUGGUGUGGUGUUCGCUGUGGGGCCGCAGCACGCCAAUGUGACUGUGGGCAGCCAACAGCCCUCCAUUAGUGUGCCCUAUGGAUGGAAGAGGCUGCUCAAUAACGGCUCCAUCAUGUACAUAAGCCCAAGUAAUACAGCUUUAAGUUCUCCGGAACAAGUCAAAGAGUAUCUUCUCACCACGGGCACAUGCAAGUGUGGAUUGGAAUGCCAUUUUAAGUAUGAUAACACCUUCAACUUUGAUCCAAAGGUGGCCAGUAAGCCGUGGACGUUGUCGCCAGACACAAAUACAGGGGACCUGACUAAAUUGUGCAACCAUAAAAGAAAAAUUCUAGCGAUGGCCUCGUUGGAUUGCAAGCCGCCGGACCCCAGUAUGAAAUUGCGAAAAGAUUGCAGCACCACUAAGAAAAGCAAAAGAAAAAUCGGCAUGCCUUAUGGUGGUUGUGUUUCUUUGUCGCAAAUUUUUACUCGUCCAGACAAACUCGCCUUGAGCCAGCAUUUCAACAAGGAAGGUCUCGGAAAUCAACCUCAGGUGUGGCCUCAGUCUCCAACCAGCAGUUCUCAGUUGAGCGGUCGCCUUCAAAAUUAUCCCGAAAACCAGCACAUCGUCAGGUAUCAGGGUCAAGAGCAUGCCGGCAACAGGAUCUUGAGCAAUUCGCCCUUGGUGGUGGGCGACGGCAGCACCAUGAUGGUGCAGCAGACAUCGACGCCGACCAACAUAUCACAGCAAAUUCAUCAGAACCAUCAGAAUACGGGUCCUCAGCAAAAUUCGAACGUUCACGUCCACCAUCCGCAACAUAUUAUCGGUCCGAACGGACAAGUGAUUAGCGUACAGGGACCUAUCAAUUCGAAUCAGGCGUCAUCGAAUCAAAUCGUCAACACUUCGAUGAUAACGAGUCCGAAUAAUGGUGUCGUUAUACAGGGUCAAAAUGUGGUUCCUACACAGUCGCAUCAGCAUAGAGUAUUCAUAAAUAGUCAGCCCAGUGAACCCAGUGGUCCCGGUCGGCCCAAUAUCCAGAUGAUACCGGUAGGUGUCGCGAAUCAUCAGCAGCAGAGGCCAGAAGGCCAGAAUAAACUGCAUCCGCAUUUUUAUAAUAACCAAGCGCCAUAUGCACAGAUACAACAGUAUGAUGCUUCGAAACAAAUGAGGCCCGCCUUCUUACCUGGCAAUAAUCAAAUUAUGAAUGGGUUUAGGCCGCAAAAUAUGGUCAAUCCCCAAAAUAAUCAAAUCGUGCAAGCUCCUGUUAUGAUCAACAAUCAACAGCAAAAGAUACAGUGGCCGAGAAUCCAAGCCAACAACAUGAACCAACAGCAGAUGGCGGUUCAGAGUUCUCAGUCGCCGAAUAACGCGUACGAAAGAGUGCCUCCACUACACCAGCACACACCGCCGCCGACGAUGUGGCAGGACGAGAUUAAGAGGAAGAAAGUUAAACUAGGUAAAAUCGUUAAAAAUCGAUCUUACCAUAUGAUGGAGUGUCCAUCAUUACAUGCUCCAUGUCCCAAUAUAGAUGUGCGACAAAUACCCGGAGAAAAUGGCAGGCCGGUCAUUAUAAAUCAUCUACCCCAGAAUAGUCAGAGCGCGGCGAGUCCAUCUUUCAUGGAGGAUCCCAGCGGAUAUCUCGCGCAGCAAACAGCUCUCCUCAACAACACCAUUAAUCGUCAAACAGGAGCUAAUGCAUGUACAGGAAUGGUUUGCAGUAGCCCGAUAACAUCGUCACACAAUCCACAAACUCACAACCUAACACCACCUGUACCAAAUUCGCAAACAAACGAGGUGCCUUUACCAAGUAACGUGGUGAUAUCUCAUAUGAAACAAACACAAAACGUUACAAAUCGAACCAAUCAAAGUUUAAACGUAGUUAAAGCCCAACAAGUUCCUCAAAACGUUAUUAUGUCACAGCAAUAUAAUCAAAUAAUGGCACAGAACGUAGCCGACAGUAGCGACCAUGUACAGUGUCAAGGUUGUGUUAGCGACAGUGGACAGUCAAAUCUUCAACAAAAUAAAGGCCAAUCAAGACCCAAUAGCCAGCCAGGAACGCCGAGUUCUUCCGGAGGAGGCGUCAAUGACGAUCCUGUUACGUCAUCAAACUAUUCUGAAAAACAAAUCGGGAUAUCAUCGCCUGAUUCGAGGCCUAUCCAAGGCGGUACAGUCAGUACCAGCAAUGUGUCACCUAUGGAUGGAUCUCAGUCCGAUCCUCCUACUCCGAACUCUCAUACCCCUACACCUCCUCAAAGAAACGACAGCAUGCCCUUUGCAGUGUACAAUCAGCAAGGACAGGUUCAACAAGUCAAUCAGUCGAGGGAGAUCUGCAGUUCCGUCAAUUACCAACCAAAGAAUGAAAUGUGUUGUUCGAUGCCUCCUCAUUCCAAAUUGGCUAGUCCGUAUACAUCCGGAGUUGUGACUACUAUGGCUAGUGGCAGAACUGUUGGUAGCAAUACGAUAACUUCGGUCCUCGCUGGUCGAGCCAAUACAGCUACCGUUUCGAUCAACAGUCCUGCCAAUCUUCCCGCUUCAACAACACCGACUACGGUCAUCGGUCAAGGAAAUCCAAUUCAAGCGAAUCCAGUGGCUGUGAACGUCUCAAAAUCACCACUAGAAAUGGUACAAAGUGUCGUCAGUAGCAUCCAGGUUCCUCACUCCCAGAACUAUAACACUGUAUGCUCUACGUCUCAAACUAAUCAACAAAUAUCACCGUCGCAAAUCGUCAAACAUUCGCCCACAGGUUUACCUCCUGGUCACAUUUUGGUCUCUUCUGGGGGUCAACUAAUUAUGGCCAAUACUGGUAACAGUCAGUCAGGAGUUAUGCCUCCCCCACCUCCCAAAUUGGUCUCGAACCAAGGAGCAAUGCCUCCCAUAUCGGUUUCUCCUAUGAUCACCAAUGUUACGGCGGCUGUGAGUCAGGUCAUUCCAGCUGUAGCGCAGCAAGUUUUGGGACAACAAACGGUCUUGGUGAACGCUUUACCUACACCCUUCGUCUUGCAGUCGGGCGUUGCUAUGACCAUGGAUGGUAGCAUGGCUAUGGGACAGAACAUGCAGUUACCGCAGUUAGUUGCCGGAAAUGUUAUCCAACAACAAAUCCAACUGGACAAUUCUGAUCCUCGUCGAACUACUGCUGCUCUCCUUUCACCCGAGAACAAAAAGAAAGGAAAGAAACGAAAAAUGUCUUCACAGACGGUCGCCAAUAUGUUACACAUCGCCGCGCAACAAAAUUCCGGUGUCGUGAUGUCUCAACAAGGUUUUCCGCAGCAGAUACAAAUGGCACAUAGUCCUCAGGGCCUGGCUGCGGGUCCAGUGAUGCAAGCUUUAACUAUAGUUCCCAGUAAAACGGGCGGGCCGCCACAGAUAGUGAUGAACGGCCAGCCUAUGACGAAUACCAGCCCUAUCGGGACACAACAGCUUAUCGCCAAUUCACAACCCACCCAACAGAUUAAUCUCUUGCAACCUGUUAAUCUCAUUAAUGGUACGGCGGGUGUGGUCCAAAAUUUCCCUACCAUACAACAAUUCAUCGUUCCGAAUCUCGGUGGAAUGGUCAUGAAUCCUGACGGUACUGCAACCCUCUUACAGGAUACAUCCAAUAUCGGAAUGCAGUUACAGCUGCAGAACGUGAACGGACAGAACGUGCUGACACCCGUACAGAACAAUGGAAUGUUUAAUGGUGGACAAAGUAUUUUAGCGGCGAGUCCAGCAGGCAUGGUUAUAAGGGCACCGUCGACAUCUCAGGGGAAGAUCAUCCAGCAGCAACAACACAGUCCCGGUGCACAAUUUUUAUCUCCGAAUGGUGGUCAGUUCGUGGUUAACGGGACACAAUUCAGUGGUCAAUUAAGUCCUUUGGUGGCGAGUGUGAGUCCUUCGCAGCAGGUCACCUUCGGAACAUCCACACCACAGAUACGUCCCCCGCAGGCUCAGCAGGAAUUCAUCCAGUGUGGCCAAAUGGGGCAAACGUUAAUGGUGCCGUGCGCGCCGGCGGCGAACAUAGCGGUAUCUUCUUCCAACCAACAGAAUACGACGUUUGUUCAACAGAACACCACGAUCGUGCAGCAACAAACGACAAUGGUUUCCAACAGUCAGCAGUUGCAGAAUUUCCAAGGCAACAACCAAAAUAAUCAGAACAGAACGACGCUGAACGUUGAUCAAAAUUUUAUUAUCAGUUCGAACGACAAUAAGCAGGUUCAAGCGUUAUUGGUGCAGAGAGAAAGCCCACAGAAUUCUUAUAGGCAUUCGGUGUCCACACAAACUGCUGUAAAUCAGAAUGCCCAGACCGUUACGACGAAUACGUUCUGCCAAACAUCGACGUUGUCCGCUGGUAGUCCACCAGAUACUACCACGCAUAGUCCGUUGGCUUCAGGAGGACAGAGUCCGCCAACUGCUGAUACCACUACCCAUUCUGGAAGUACCGAUGAUGGUUUAUCUCCAGCUCCUUCAAAUUGCUCUGCUACAUGUGACAGCGCAGUGGGGAGACAGGCGUCCUGUACAAUGGCGAUGGUACAUUGCAUAUCCAGUAGUGAACCCGAUUCCGCCGAUUUAAACACCCAAGGUUCAGAACACGACUGGUCGAGAACUUCACUCGGUGCCCCUCAGAAAACUGAUCUUUCCGACGUAACAAGUGGCCAAAUGCAGUUCACUAAAAAACAGAACACUCCAACGCAUUUGGCGUAUGCUGAAUCCUCCACGAUGAUGGCUGGAUUACAGUUUAUUGGUGAUCAAGUGAAAGCGCAAGAGGCUGUUGUCAGUUCACACAAUUUUGAUAAGAUCAUCCAGAAACGAAAAAGCAGCGAUACUUUAUUAGUCAUGGAAACCCAUCACAUGCAUUCAUCCCUUUUUGAUGAAGAAGAAGAUAACGAAAAACCUGAAACACAGACAGUCCACAACUUUGUUGUUGGUGAUUUGGUUUGGGGUCCAUCUAAAACUAGUCCAGCUUGGCCGGGUAAAAUAAUUGAAGUAAACGGAAAUGAUGUUUCUGUUAAGUGGUUUGGAAGUGACAAAUUAGUUACAAAAUUAGACAAAGGUGCCUUGCAGACACUCACAGAAGGUCUUGAUGCUCAUCACCAUGCGCGAAAAAAGUGCAGAACAUCUCGCAAACUGAAUUCGCACUUGGAGAAAGCCAUUCAAGAAGCUAUGGCUGAAUUGGAUAAAGAUUUGGAACAAGAGUCGAAAGAACAGACGAAGAUCCAGAAAGCGUCUCCUACCAAGAAAAGUAAUAGAUUAAGAAGCGGUCAUCGGUAACAGGAAAUUUUAUAUCAAAUUAAUUAUUAAUAAUAUAAAAAGGACCAACAUCGAAAUCGAAUGAGAUGUGUAUAAAUGUACGUAGCUUCAAGUUGAGAGAAAAAUGUAGAUGAGAAACAUUUUUACUAACGCUUCUUUUAUGUAAAAAAAUAAUAAUCAUAGACCGAUGUUAUAACUGGUAUUGAUUCCUAGAUGAUAAUAUAAUCGUAAUAUAUAUAAAAUAUUUUUCAAAUGCCUUUUUUAAACUAGCAUACGAUAUGGCACCAUAAAUAAGCCUAAUCUUUAAAAUUUGUACUAACACAUAUUCAAUUUAUGUAAAAAAAAUCAUAACGUAAAUUGGGCUUUCAAUAAUGUUUGUCUAAUUAGUUAUGUAAUUAAAUAGAGCUUAGACUUUAUCCAAAAUAUAUUGCGGGUCUUAUAAAAAUAAAAUCAUUUAAAUAUAGAACGACACCUUUACAAGUUUUGUAUUUCUAGUCAAUGUUUUAAAGAGCUGACAGUUAAACGACAAUAAAAUGUACCAUUCGUUUUAAAGCGUUUAUUUUUUUGGUACUGUGAUAUGCUGGAAAUAUAUCCAUUAUGGGUUUCAUCACGUUACUAUUCAGUGCGUGUUUGUUUCGUUUCUGAGGUGAACAUUGAGUGCAGUUGGUAGUAUGUUUUAAGUCAUUUGCGUAUUAGUCUUCUUAAUUCACCAGUUUACAUUUCUAUUGAGUGGCUGUUAUAUGUAGUGUUUGUUUCAUAAAAUAUGGUCUUAAUACUAUAUUUAUAAUGAGUUUACCAAAAUAAUAAUUCUUAUUAGUUGAGAAGAUUAAUAUUAACUUGAUGAUGGGUACUUGCCAUUUUUCGAAUUUGCUCGAGAUGAGCAAGCCAUAUUUUAAUUAGGACUUGUUUAAUUUUACGCAGCAGGUAUUUUAAUCACCCAUAAACCUUGUUACUAUGUGUAAGUUUUAUGAUUUGCAGUUUAUUACUACUAACAAACCAUAAUCAAAUUAUGAAACAAUGCUUACAUUAAGUAGUUCUUACAGUUAAGUGAAAAUUGUACAUUAUAUUUUUAUAUAUGUAUUUAUUGUUUAUAAUUUCUCCUCUUUAGUUUCAAGUAAGAUGCUUAAUUUAUUACCUUGUAGAUUUUGAAAAAGCCACUUUUUUAACUGUAAUAUUGAACUUUUCUAAGUGACCUGAACUGAUGUGAAGUGACUUGUGCAUGGAUCGUUUACAUCAGUUGAGUUCACCAUGACAAAGAAGUGUCAUUUUCAGAUCUAACGAAUUAAUGAAUAUGUUGUACACGUUGAAAUUAUUUUGGUUGAAACCAGUGUUUGAUUAUGUCUUAAUAAUAGCAUCACAAUAAUCUCUAGAUUAAAAAAGUGAAAUAGGUAAACAGGAGCCGUCCGCUUUAAAACAAAUGCAUAAUCGCAUUUCUCGCAUCACCCUUAGAGUGGACAGAGCAUUUUAAUAUUCUUUCCCUUUUAUGUAUUAUUUAUUUGCCUUAUUAUGUAUAUAUUUUUAUAGGUACCUGUUCUGUGUCGCAGAUAUGGAUUGUAUAACCGGUGUCAUUUUUUGUAUUGUGUUUAUAGAGUGGCCGUGAUAAUUAUUACAAGAAAUUAAACUACUCUGUAAGCACGAUUUCGUACUAUAAUCCAGUGUUAGAGCUACAUGUCACAUGAAUGAUGCAUGUGCGGUAGCUGUGUCUGUUUCUGUAAAUAUAUUGUAUUAAUACUUUACUGUUUGGCCUGCUAUGUUGUGGUUGAACAUUUCUCCAGCCCAAUAAAUACUGGAUUAGAUAAA